UCAAAGUAUUUCUUCUUGUUUGGUUCAAAAAGUCAAAGUAUUUCCUUUGGGCGUGAAUCACAAAAUAUCAUGAAUUCAACUAUCACAUUGCAACCACUAAUCCUUGUUCUCCAAGAAACUAGUCACAUGCCAAAUUCUACUUUUCCACUCUCUUAAAAGUUAAUAAAACCAUAUCCAUAAUAACUCCACCUAACUUUUUCUCCUCCAUUCUCUUAUCACAUUUCUCUCUAAUAAACCUUCUCUCACAAACAACAAGAAGAAGAAGCAGAAGCUAUUAUGGGUGGUUCAAACAAAAAUGAACAAGAAUCACCACAAAAAACUCGACCCUGUGAUUAUUGUAACAACUCAACAGCACUUCUGUAUUGCAGAGCAGAUUCAGCAAAACUCUGUUUCUCAUGUGACCGUGAAGUUCACUCAACAAACCAACUUUUCUCCAAACACACACGCUCUUUAAUCUGCGAUUCAUGCAAUGAUUCACCUGCAACUAUACUCUGUUCAACUGAAUCCUCUGUUUUCUGUCAGAACUGUGACUGGGAAAAUCAUAAUAUUUCACUCUCUUCGCCACAUGAAAGAAGACCACUUGAGGGGUUUAAUGGGUGCCCUUCUGUUAAUGAACUUUUGUCGAUUGUUGGGUUGCAUGAUGUUGAGAAAAAAUCGUUGCUUUUGAGUGAGGAAAGUGUUGCAGAUGGGUUUUUGAGUUGUGAGAUUGAUGGGUUUAGUGAUGAUUUGUUUGUUUGGGAUGCUCCUUCUUUUGUUAGUUUUGAUGAUCUUAUUUCUACUUCUCAUAGUUAUAGUGCUAUGGAGGUUCCUCCUUUGCCCAAGAAUCGCAAGGCAGCUUGUGGGAGACAUCAAGAAGAGAUUUUAAAUCAGCUUCGCGAGAUGGUAAAGUCUGAGCCAUUGGAUCCUGAAGAGUAUAUGCAACCGAAAAAUUUAUCGACAGGUUUUGAACAUGAUACAAAGGAUGAUAUUAUUCCUUCAAAUGAGUGGCUCGGAGAAAGUGGUGAGCCUGUGUAUCAAGUUGUUCCUGUUGAUACGUCAUUCAAAGCUCAUACCAAAGAAAUUCCGGUUAAACACGCUGUACCUUCUGCUGAGGAGCCUCAUAGCCAUAGUAACAAUGGAGGGACACCUUCAGAGUCUCUUAAGUCUGAAACUUUGUCAACUACUCCAAGAGCCGUGCCAGCUCCAUAUGAGUUAGCGAGUCAAGAAAGGGAUUCUGCAUUACUACGGUACAAGCAAAAGAAGAAAACAAGAAGAUACGACAAGCAUAUAAGAUAUGAAUCACGUAAAGUUCGGGCAGAGAGCAGGACAAGAGUUAGAGGGCGAUUUGCCAAGAUAGAACACUGAAAUCAUGGUAGGCUGUUACAACAUCACGCGUAAAUUAUGUAACUUGUUUUUGUAUAGUGAAACUUGUUUAAAUUUUUCUAGUGAUGUAUCCUUGGAUCUAUAGCUUUGAUAUUAUGCCGUCAAAUUAAUGCAAUGCGGUUGACAAGAGUUUAUUUCCUGGACCCGAGGAAGAUAAGAAGGUCGAUUUUUCUGUGAAUCAAAAUUGAAUUCAUGGUACCUGUUUGUUUGGCUUGGAUUUUUGUCCUCUCUGAUUCUCAACAACAAUUAGUCCAAACAUGAUAUAGAAAAGCCACAUAUCAGUGCUGUUCCUUUUCUAUUUUAAUUUUAAUUUUAAUUGCCAAGUUAUGUAUUUUUUACUAUGUUUAGAUUGACGAUGAAUUUGGCUGAAUCACAAUGUGGAUGCCUUUGUUGUUUCAUUAAAUUAACAUUUUUUCCAAAA